AUGGCGAAAGAGGAACAUAUAGUUGCGCAAGUCGAAGUAGCAAAGCAAAGAUGCAGAUGCGUCAUCGAUUCCAUUCACCAACUGCCAUCUUCUUCAAACAUCACCCACUCAUGCAAACGAACCCUCCUCAAAUUGGCACAUGCUGAGCUCGCUUUUCUCUCUCAACCUUCUUCUUCCACAACUCUCAGUGUCAACAUUGGCCACCUGGAAGCAGUUCUACAUAUUCUACAGCAACCUUUCAUAAGCGGAGUUUCUAGAGUUUGCAAAUCAAUCCCACUAUCACCUUUAGUUAGUCGUGAAGAGAGACACAGUUCUUCUCUCAAAGACAUCCAUGUCGAUGUGGUGUGUAUCCUCAAUGGGAAGCCUGUGUGGAUUAUAGUAUCUGAUAGGAAUCCAAAGUACAUAUCGUGGAAUAGUUGUCAUAAAAGUAAGGGUUUGAACCUACGCAUUCAACAAGUACUUGCUGCUGCCAAAUCUAACUUAACCUUAAGACCUUCCUCGGUUAUGAUUUUCUUUGCCAAUGGGAUUUCAAGCCAUGUUUAUGACAAACUACGUGACGAAUUCGGGGCAUCUGAAGUCCGUUUGGAAUUUUCGGUUUUCAGUUCUAACAUGUUGGAAGAAACAGAAGGUGACUGGAUAAAUGUUAUCGCUAGAUCGUAUAGAGAUGCACUUGUCCUUGAAAUCAUCCCUGCCAAUGACAAAGAUGUUGUUCAAAGUUUGACUUUGGAUUCUUCUCAAGUAGAGAUUUCUGAAGGCAAGGUUGAAACACAACUGCAUCUUUUGGAAGACAAUUCAAUUAACGGGGGUUCUUUUCAACUUGAGCGUUCAAUAGAUAAAGCUGAAAGUAGACUGCAUUUAUCACAAGAGGAUAUUGAAACAAACCUGGGUGAUACAUUCUGUUCUGUUAUUAUGGGAAUGAAACUAAGCUCCUUGGACGAAAAAAUUUCUGAAUCAAUUGAGUCUAAGACACUUUUAUAUGGGAGUGAUCUGGUAAAUUUUGAUACAACCGCUUUGAUAGCACUUGUAUCAGGAAUUAGUAAUGGUGGAACAGAAAAACUUUUGGCCACUCCAGAAAGUGAACUGAGACAGCGGUUUAAGGGAAACUUUGACUUUGUGAUUGGUCAAAUAAUGUCUGAACUUCAAAAUCCAAUCCACGUGGAAUUUGGUAGAGUCCUAUGUGGAAAGCAAGGCAUAAUUUGUGAGAGUGUUCUGUCAGAAUUUAAGGAGCUGGUACAAAUGUGUGGAGGGCCAAAUGAGAAACUUAGAGCCGACAAGUUAAUAAAUUAUCUCAGGGUUGUUCCUGAUACUCCUUCAGGACGCAUGAUGGGCCUCCCAACAACUAGGAAGCUGGCGUUAAAAAACAAGAUUGUGUUUGGUACUGGUGACCACUGGCAUGCCCCAACCUUGACAGCAAACAUGGCAUUCAUCAGAGCAGUUUCACAGACGGGGAUGUCCCUCUCUAGUAUUGAACAUAGACCAAGGGCCUUAACUGGGGAUUAG